UUCAGCCAAUCCGGUUGCUCCGCUCGCUCUCAGCCCUCCCUCGAGCCGCUAUGCUCCGCUGCAUUCUUGGUAUUUGAGCGAUAAGCGCGUGAGGUCUGGCCCGGGAAGCAUGCCAGAGGUUGAGUCCGGAGCUCCGGAGAUGUCCCGAAAAAGAGGCGCUGAGCCCGGACCCCUGCCCGAGCAAGUCCCGGAGAGGAAGAAGGCCUGCUGGGGUAUUCUGACAAGCCAAGGGUCCUGGGCAGACCGCUCCCCUCUCCAUGAAGCAGCUUCCCAGGGUCGCCUGCUUGCCUUGCGUACCCUGCUGGCUCAGGGAUAUCAUGCCAACAUUGUCACCAUUGAUUAUGUGACCCCUCUCCAUGAAGCCUGUCUGUCAGGACAUGUGGCUUGUGUCAGAGCAUUAAUAAAUGCUGGAGCCAAUGUGAAUGCUGCUACCAUUGAUGGUGUCACUCCUCUGUACAACUGUUGUGCCUCUGCCAGUGUCAGUUGUUUGGAACUGCUGCUGCAGAAUGGAGCGCACACACACACGUCACACACACACUUCCCCUCGGCCCUGCACGAAGCCUGCAAGAGAGGUAGUAGCCAGUGUGUAGAGUCCCUGCUGUGUCAUGGAGCUGAUCCAGACUAUGAAGUGUCCCACUUAGGCUCUCCUCUCUACAUGAGCUGUCUCCACCAACACACAGCUUGCUCAAAGAUUCUGCUGCACAAAGGAGCCAAUGUCAAUGUAGGCAGAGGAGGUGACAGUCCUCUGCAUGCAGCUGUCAGACAGGACAGUGCAGAUCAGGUGUCAGUCUUACUGGACUAUGGAGCUGAUGUCAACGUCAGAGACAGUAACAAUCAGCGCCCUGUAGAGCUAGCCCCCCCUGGUGGAAAAACACAACAGCUACUACAGACAUUUGAAGUUUCUCCGAGGAGUCUCUGCCAGUUGUGUCGUAUCCAGAUCAGGAACCUGAUUGGUCGAUCCAGACUGAAGCUGCUCCCUGUCCUUCCUCUCCCUUCCCUGCUCACCAACUAUCUGGAGCACACGUAGGAUGGUGGGCACACAUGCAACAUGCCAGUGAAUUUAGAUGCCAUUGUUUCAACAUUUUGAAUUUGGAUGUGCCAAGCUCCUUAUUAAAUCAAUUUUAGGUUAAAAUAUAACCAUGGUUUCAACUAUAUGGUCGGGUUUGUCUACUACAAAAUCACUGCUACAAAAUCCACUCAAGAAUUUGAAACUGUACUCUGGUACAAGGCACAGCCCUGAUUCCAAAAUGUUGGAACGCUGUGUAAUAAUCAGUAUAACAAAGUGUUAUAAUUAACGAAUCCAUUUUGGCAGAAUUGAAAAGGGUACGAAGACAGUAUAUUUAAUGUAAUGUGGAAUGCUCUGAGAACACUUGUUUGGAACAUUCCACAGGUAAACAGGUUGAUUGGUAACAGGUGAUAGUAUGAUGAUUGAGUAUGAAAGCAGCAUCCUUGGAAAGGCUCAGUUGUUCACAGGCAAGCAUGGGGCUGGGGAAUACUUAAUAAUUUACACAGCAUCCGAACUGAUUUGGAUACAGGGUUGUACAUUUGUUUUUUUGUGUUGAUAUAACUGGCACAGUCUCCGUGAAAUAUGUUUAUUCAAUGGCAUUCAGUGCUUCCUCUUGGAUGACUGUCUGGAUGAUAAAGACAUCUAAUCCACACUUUGAAUUCAUUUCGUUGGUUAAGCACAUAAUGUCAUGUUGUAAAUAUUGAGAUGUAUUUUCCAUUGGCAUGUGCUGGCUUUCAAAUAUCUGUAUGUAUAUGUAAAUACAAAUAAAUGAUCCAUGACAUGA